AUGACUGGAAUUCUCACGAAGAAGCGCUACACAUGUGCGACCAUCUACGUGGACCAAUACUCUGGUCUUGGCUUUGUUUACCUUCAGAAGUCCACGAGUGCGGAUGAAACAAUUAUGGGAACGAAAGCCUUUGAAGCCUACGCAAAACAACAUGGCGCAACAAUCAAGGCAUACCAUGCAGAUAAUGGAGUGUUCCGUGCAAAUAAAUGGGUCGAUGAAUGCAGACAACUUGAGCAGACACUGACGUUUGCAGGAGUCAAUGCACAUCAUUCAAAUGGACUAGCUGAACGAAGGAUCCGGUCACUACAAGACUUGGCAAGGUCGAUGCUCAUUCACAUGAAUAACAGGUGGAGAAUGCCUGGGAUUGCUCAUCUCUGGCCGUAUGCAAUCAGGAUGGCAAAUGACGCAAUUAAUGAAGCGCCAAACCUGAGGGAUGAGAAAGGGCGAUCGCCAUUGCAACUCUUCAGUCAGACUGACAUUCAAACCCACAACAAGCAUUGGAUUCCAUUUGGAUGUCCUGUCUACGUAUUGGAUCCGAAACUGCAAACAGGACAAGGAUUCUUGAACAAGUGGGAAGCUAGAUCUCGAGUUGGAAUCUACCUUGGUAGAUCACCGAAUCAUGGAAGAAACGUUGCUCUUGUUUUGAAUCGAUUGACAGGUUUGGUAUCGCCGCAAUUUUCAUGUCACUUUUGA